UAUUUAGUAAUUUACACGAGAGUCAAAUUCUGUUGAAUAUUUUGUUGUUAUAUUAUUGCAUGCAUUCAUGCGUGAAAGAGGCUAAGUGAAAUGAAAAGAGUUUUUUGUUUUAAAUGUUGAAGUAAUGCGCGUUCGCGAGUGUAAAUGCAUUUUAUUACAAAACGCACGUGAAUGAAUGAGAGAGUUCUGUGUUUAGUAUUCAUUUGCUCAGUCUUAAGUACGACUACGCGACCUUCUCUAUUACGGGAGUUCAUUGGCUCUAAACACUGAGAGGAUCCCAGCCUCAGUAUGCUUCCAACUCACAAUAGACUUGAACGCGUUCGCACUGUGUGAAACAGAAGAAAAGAAGUAAUAAGAAAAGAAAUAGCAAGGGGGAGUAAAAGAGGAGCGCGUCUCGGUCGUUCCGGAUGUUCCGGCGAAAGUGUUCUGUAAUUGUGUGAUCUACAGUGAUUGAGAAUUUGGACUUAGUAUCCAGCCAUCUACCAUCAAUCAACACCAUCCAUCGAUCAUCCGUCAUGGGCGAAGACGGCGGAGGUGCGAACAGUCCGCGCCGGCUAAGUCAAAUUUUCGAUCCGCUCUCGCGACUUAGCGAAUUGACUCGCGAAUCGCGUUCUACUCCGACUAGUCCAAGACUGUUACCGCGACGCGCCCGUGAUCCCAAUGCGACGUCUUCGCAGCAGUCGCAGAUGCAACCGCUGGCCAGCUUCGAUUCCCUGAUGGACCCCGGGGGACACCACUCAUCUGCAGGUGUUAAUUGGCAGGAAAAAUGUUUGGAAUUACAAUUGGAGUUGCACCGCAGUAGGACCCAGGCCACCAGAACAAGGGACAUGCUACGGGAAAAGCUUUCCGAGCUCGAGCAGCGAGUUCUCGAAGCGGAAGGCCGUGCUGAAGAGGCGGAGGAUAAGGUACGAAUAAUGGAACAGAAGCUAGCAUGGUCGCAGCAAAGUGAUUCCAACACGACUCAGAUAUCGCGGCUGGAAGGUGAAGUUGAGGAGCAACGUCAACUUCGCCUUCAGGACGCGAGACAGGUCGAGGCGAAGGCGGCCCGCAUCAAGGAAUGGGUUACGAAUAAGCUCAAGGAGCUAGAGCAGCAGAACCAAACACUCCGGGAGCAGAAUAUCAAGUGCAACCAGCAGCUGGAACUGCUGAAGAAUCACCUGGCCUUAGCAGACCGCCGUCGAUCGGAAAGCUGUUCACCGGAGCCGAAGGGUGCGGCGUCAUCUUCAACGAGACACCGUCGACACCAAUCCGUAUGUGUCUCAGCGAGCUUCGAACCGUCACACCAACCCCUCAUACCAAGCAACCUCGUAACCAGCGUCAAUUUUCUACCUAGCAACUCCAGUAUGGAUCCUUUAACUGAAGAUCUUUGCGCUGCAGUUGAUAAUUUAAGUUUGGGCCGAGUUCCUAGCAGUGCUUCAGAUUCUGAUUUGGCACAUGAUUAUGCGGAGAUCUAUACUCCCAGCAGGGAGAAGGUAGCCUGGCCCAGGGCACCAACGCCUCCUCUGCACAGAUUCCCUAGCUGGGAGGAUAGGAUUUACCAAGUGGCUGCAGGUGGCCUCACCUUGACCGGUACAACACCCAGCGACAUGGGCCCAGAACAAGCUGGAUACCAAGACAUUCCUGUACCAGUUUACGCAACCGUCAAGGGAAGGGCCAGUCAGAUUCGCUCAAUGCCUUUCACCGGUGAUUCUUCGGAUGAUUCCAGCGACGGUGAAGGCAACAACACAACGGCUGUUGAUGGUGGCACAAAUACACACAGUAGAAGCUCAGGAGAAACUUCCGGGUCGAGUCCAGGCAAGAGGACGGCUUCCAGCAGCAGCGGAUCUCCGAGUAAAAGUAAAACGCGUGGCGUUUCAGAUACUUCCUUUGAAUCGGGCAUGUCUGAUGAUUAUGCAGUACCACCGGACGCAUUGAGUUGCGACACGACGAGUCUAGAAUCUUCACUUUUACUAAGAGCCUCUUAUUUGGAUAGCCCUAAACGUACGGAAAACUUAGAGAAGAGUGGUUCAUUGGCUAAAUUAGGUGGUAAACUGAAGACUUGGCGGAAACGCUGGUUCGUGUUAAAGCACGGCGUGUUGACCUACUAUAAAAGUCAAAAUGGAAAACCGCAAGGGCAAAUCCUGUUAGAUGAUAUAUGCAAAAUCACGAGGGCAGAAGGAUCGAAUACCUUUGAAAUCGAUACCGGGAAGAAGACGUAUUAUUUAACUGCGGAUUCAAUUACGGCCAUGGAAGAUUGGGUCAGGAUUUUGCAAAAUGUGCAGAGAAGAAACGCAACAAAGUUAUUAUUAAGUAGAGAAGAAAAUAAACCCGCCGUGCAGGGAUGGCUUACAAAAGUGAAAAACGGACACGCCAAGAAAUGUUGGUGCGUUCUGAUUGGAAAAAUGUUCUUGUAUUUCAAAUCACCAACAGACACACAGACACCUGCCGGUCAAAUAAAUAUGCGGGAUGCCCGCGUCGAGGAAGUUGAACAUUUAUCAGAUUCUGAUUCGGAAGAGCGUGAUUCAGAGAGUCCAGAUUUAACAAUUGGCAUUUUCCCAACUAAUCAAGGUCCUACGUAUCUCUUAUGCCCCGGUAAACAGGAAAAGGAUGCAUGGCUUUAUCAUUUGACUGUCGCCAGUGGCGGUGGGCCAAGUACAGGAACACAGUACGAGCAACUCAUUCAUAAAUUGAUGGAAGUUGAUGGAGAUCCAAAUUGUGUUCUCUGGCGCCAUCCCGUUUUACUACACGUGCCUUGUACCAAAGAUGGAGCUAUCCCUUCGUACUUCCCCUUGACCACUUUAUCUACAGAAACAUUACAAGCGGAAGCAAUUAAGCUAUUCAAAUGUCUUCAAUUGUUCAUGUCGGCUGCUGUGGACCAGGCGGGAAUAGACUAUCAUGUGGUUUUAGCCCAAAACGCACUUCAGCAGUGCUUGGAUAUGCCAGAACUUCAAGCGGAACUUAUCUGCGCUCUCGUCAAACAGACUAGCAAGAGUGCUCCACUACCCAAACUGGGCGUUCAGGUAUCUACACAAAAAUUGCUUAAGAAAGGUCAACUGCUGCUUUGCGCUACCCAGAGUUUGUUCACUUGCGAGACAACUCCAAGUAUUAAUAGUACCUCUGAUCAACAAAUUGCAUCUUCUAAUAUACAGGCUGUCCAAGAAGAGAAAUACAAAGAGCAAAAGGAAUCAUAUAAAGAGCACAAGGACCACAAAGGCCCGCCAAGUUUUACUUUGUUGCAAGGGUGGCAAUUGCUCGCAUUAGCAGUGAGCCUGUUUGUGCCUAAAUCUUCCAGGUUACUCUGGUUUCUUAAAUUGCACUUGCAAAGGAAUGCGGAUAACCGUUCUGAAUGCGGAAAGUACGCUUCGUACUGUGAACGAGCUUUGGAAAGGACCAUUUUAAUGGGUGGACGUGAAUUGAAACCAUCUCGGAUGGAAGUUUUGAGUAUUUUAAUGAAGAAUCCUCAACAUCAUUCGUUACCGCAUUCGAUGCCAGUUCAUUUGCUGAACGGCACCUAUCACAUUUCAAGUUUCGAUGGCUCUAGUACUAUUAAAGAAUUUCAGGAUAGUUUAGCACACGAAAUUGGCUGUAGAGUAACGAAUGGUUUCGCGCUGUUCAGCGACGAUCCCAUAGAGAAAGAUUUAGAGCAUACUUUGGACCCGAACGCAAAGUUAUGCGAUUUAAUUUCGAAGUGGGAAAUAGCGUUGAGGGAGAAGGGACUCGGCAAGUUUGAGAACAGCCGCGUCAUUCGGUUGACUUAUAAGAACCGAUUGUGGUGGAAGAAUAGUGCACGAUUGGAAACGGAUAAAGAGCGAUUACUGUUAUGCUACCAAGUGAACAAGCAAAUCGUGGCCGGACGGUUUCCGUUGAGCAGGGAAUUAGCUCUGGAAUUGGCCUCGUUGAUGGCACAAUUGGAUAUGGGCGAUUGCUCUUUGAGCGUUAAGAACACUCUGAACGCGAAGAUUGUGCAGAGCGCGAACGCCACGUUAAGUGCCCAAAGUUCCUCGCACAAAAACUCCAGUGGGACUUUAAAUGGGCAGACCCAUGCAACAGUUCAAACAUCACACACGCUCAACGCCUUAAACAAUGUUCAUAACAUCCUUACGGCGCACUCGAAUCAAACCCUCAACGCCAUUGACAAAUUCUACCCUUACCGGUAUAGAGAUCAACUAUCUCAGGAUGGUCUAAGCGAGCUUCAAGCUAAAUUAUUGGAGAAAUGGCGGAGCCUGAAAGGCAGAACUCAGUUGGAUUGCGUAAGGAUUUAUCUUACGUGUUCGAGAAAAUGGCCUUACUUCGGAGCUACACUAUUCCAAGCGAGAUUAAGGCAACAUGAUUCUCCGAUGAUUUGGUUGGCUGUGAACGAAGACGCAAUAACCGUUUUAGAUUUAGCAACGAUGCAGCAACGUGUGCGAUAUCCGUACACCAAUGUUUUAACUUUCGGUGGCUGCCAGGAGGAUUUCAUGCUGGUCGUUACUCAGAACGACCAGCAACCAUCUCAGAAGCUGAUCUUCUCCUUGAGUAAACCGAAAAUCCUCGAGCUGACGCUGCUGAUAGCGGAUUACAUGAAUCUGCUGAUAAACAACCCUGGCACUCCGUUGUUGGGCACGUUGAGCAGAGGAACCAUGGUUUCAGUGAACCAAUCACUGGUGAACCCCUCUAUAAUUAGUCAGACAAUUGCGAAUCAGUCGCAACCGGAUAUUCUGAAGUCGACUCCGGACCACGGGGUGCAGAGAUCGGACUCGAAGAGACGCACUCACGUCGAUUCGGGCCUAGCGUGAUAUUAUUAAAAACUUGUGAAGUUUUUUCGUAACAAUAAUAUUUUAUAUAUAUAUAUGACGAUGAUUAUAAUUUUUUAUUUUGUGAUUACUAAGUUGCUUCAUAACUGAUUAUUAAAGAGAUUGAGGAUGAAAUAAUACAAGCAUGUGCCACAUGUACAUUGAAUGAUAAAUAUUUAGCGGCAACUUUCAGUUUACGAUUUUAGUUACGUCUUUUUUUUGUAAUUUUAAAUAUUUUAUACAUAUUUUCAAUUUAUUAUUUAUAUAUCGAUAUUAUAAUUGUAUAAUGAGAACUAAAAGGUAUAUCAUUUUCAAUGUGAAACUAGUCUGUCUGUAUUUUGCAUGUUGAACCAGUUACCAAGAUAAUUGAGAUACGUUAUUAUCUAUUGACUUUUUUUUUACUUGGAAAAGGAGAUACGAAAGAAA